AGUUCAGUUCUUGUGACAGUUCAGAUCUAUUUAGAAGAAUGGCAGAAACCGCUCCAGCUCCAGCUGCUCCACCGGCCAAAGCGCCCAAGAAGAAAACUGCAGCCAAGGCGAAGAAAACGGGUCCGAGCGUGAGCGAGCUCGUCGUCAAAGCUGUGACAGCCUCCAAGGAGAGAAGCGGCGUCUCCCUCGCUGCCCUGAAGAAAGCGCUCGCCGCCGCCGGCUACGACGUGGAGAAGAACAACUCCCGCGUCAAGAUCGCCAUUAAGGGUUUGGUGACUAAAGGCACCUUGGUUCAGACUAAAGGCACCGGCGCGUCUGGCUCAUUCAAGCUGAACAAGAAGCAAGCAGAGACCAAGAAGGCCGCUCCUAAAGCAAAGAAACCCGCAGCCAAAAAGCCCGCAGCUGCCAAGAAGCCCAAGGCUGCAGCAGCAAAGAAGACCGCCGCAAAGAAAUCUCCGAAGAAGGCGAAGAAGCCCGCUGCCACAGCCGCUAAGAAGGCGACAAAGAGCCCCAAGAAGGCAACCAAGAGCCCCAAGAAGAAGCGCAAGAGGUCCAGGAAGGAGAGCUACGCCAUCUACGUGUACAAAGUCCUGAAGCAGGUUCAUCCCGACACCGGCAUUUCUUCAAAAGCGAUGGGCAUCAUGAACUCUUUCGUCAACGACAUCUUUGAGCGCAUCGCCGGUGAGUCUUCUCGUCUCGCUCACUACAACAAGCGCUCCACCAUCACCUCGAGAGAGAUCCAGACCGCCGUGCGUCUCCUGCUGCCCGGUGAACUCGCCAAACACGCCGUGUCUGAGGGAACAAAGGUCGUCACCAAAUACACGAGCUCCAAGUAAAGCCGAGAGUACCCAAUCUGAACCCAAAGGCUCUUUUAAGAGCCACCCACCGUUUCCAGAAAAGAGCUUCUAA